UAUACAAUCUUUAUGCCAACAUCAAACAGACUUGUGAUGUCGAGAGGGACGACGCCAUGAUGGUAUAUUCUUCAGGAUAGGAACAAUUUUAAAGCUGAUGCUAUCUUUCGACUUAUUCCAUCUUCACCAUCUAAUGUCGAUUGAGGACAUUUAUUUUCAAGCAAUCUAGACCUUAUCGGAACUCGUUUAAGGAAUCUCCCGAGGAUGGCUCUUUGGGGCACGAUCUCCUUAUCCUUCUUUGUCAUCCUCCUCCACGUCACAUUGGGGGAGCACCAGCGCAUCGAGUGUCCCAAGAAAUCCGGCAAGUCAGCCCACUUCUACGCCCUCGCCAACACAGCCAUGGAGAUCGCGUACACCGAGGAGCUCAACGUAACCGUCUUCGAAUGCUCGAGACGCUGCCGAGAUGAUGGUGGCUGCAUGAGCUAUGGCUACUCCAAACGUCUUGAGUCGUGUCAGCUUUACGACUUCGAUCGAGAGACCGGGCCGGAGUUCUUAGUGACGUCGUCAGAUUACGUCUACUACGACACCGUGGACACAAAAACUUCGAACCCGCAUUACAUGGGCUCAUGCAAGCACCAUCAAUGUGAACAUGGAGUGUGUAGAAUGGAUUGCUCAAACAGGGGCUACUACUGCGAGUGUGCCGAGGGAUACCGAGGAGAAUUCUGCCAAUCUGCUUACAUCCAUGAGCCUCGACUGGUUGACGAAAUCAUCACUGACCGAGCUAGGGACGGCGUCGGCUUUACUUUCAACAACAUGAAUUUCCUCGCAAUUUCAUCCUUGCACACACAGGACUCAGCUGGUAACAAUGCCCAGGCUGACCAGGUGAUUCUCCGCUAUGAUUACUCGACGGAGCAGUACGAACCCAUGCAGAUAUUGACUGGAAUUAGCGUUGCUUACUUCCUAACCGAGUUUCAGCUCACCGGAAAACAGUACCUCUUCAUAUGCAAUUACAGGGAAUUCGGAGACACGCAAGACACCGAUUCCUAUCUGUGGGUCUACGAUAAUAGUUCUGAUUCCUUCAUCGUUCAUCAAACCUUUGAUACCAAAGGAUGUUUAGCCCCUGCUAAGAUCAGAGCAUCAGACAGUGGAUUUUAUUUAUUCCUCGGAUUUUACUAUGCACCCUCUUCAUAUGACCAGGAAUCUCCCGUUUUCAAGUGGUAUCCUCGAUACGAGCGCUUCGUAGAGGUCGACACCGUAUCGACGACGGGCGUGUAUAAAUCAUCCAUGUUCGAGAUCGACGGGACUGUUUAUGUCGGACUUUCAAGCUUCCGAAGCAGUUCUGGGUUUCAAAAUUCUGCCGAAGUGUGGGAACGUACGGACACGUAUGAUCUCUACCGUGGUUGUUACGUCGAUGGGACCAAUCGUGCUUUAGACGGUGACUCCUUUUCUUCAAGCUCGAUGACUGUGACAAUGUGUAUCACGUACUGUCGAGAUCUCGGCUACCCCUAUGUUGGACUCCAAGCGCAGUCACACUGUUUCUGCGGCGAUGAGAACUACGAUGAACACGGAAGCGUCAGUGAUGGUGAUUGCAACCAGCAGUGUGCGGGGGACAGCUCGGAAUACUGUGGCGCUUCGUGGCGAAACAGCAUCUAUAUGACAGAGCCAUCGUGGAGCCAGACGCAAGUCUUACCGGACUCGAAUCCAGGCUCCAUGGAUAUCGAGUACUACUCGCACGAGGAAUCGCAUUACAUCGUAUUGAGUCGCCACCAUGACGGGUCCGAAUGCGAUCAAGAUACGGAAGUCUAUAUAUGGAACGCUGGAUUGAAGGAGUUUGAGACUCAUCAGACAAUUUCCUUCUCCGAGACCUGUUCAUUAGGUAUUGAGGUAUUCGAGAGAGGCGGUGAAAAGUUCAUGCUGACUUCGAAUGCCCGCAAGUUCUACAGCGCAACGGAGCCCGACCACUGGGCGGUGAACUGCCGCAUUUUCCGUCUAGUUGACACAGUGUGGAUCGACCACACUACCGUCAGUGGGUUCAAUGUUGUUAACUUCCAGACCUUCGAGCGUGAUGGCGAGCUUUACAUCUUCCAGACAGGAGGAAGAAACGAGACCAACCCAGGGAGCACCUACAGCGAGUGUACGCAAAAAAUAUAUCAAUGGAUCUGAAUCUGAUUGGGUGGAAAUCAACGAUGAAGAAAAAACUGGAAAUUAAGCACGCACAAAGUUCCACAUUUUUUUCUCUCUUGUGUGUGCUUGUCGUUUCUCACUCGUUGAGUCGUUGGUAUAGCCCCAUAUAGGGGUAGGCGGGGUAAGUUGAGCCCAAAGGCAAUUUGUGCCACCACCACCCGGCCAAUUAUGAAUGAGUCAGACAUUGUGGUGGUGACAGAUAUUGAUGGCCCAUCGCAUAACCCCUAACCCCGCCACACUGUUCUGAGUAUUGGAAAGUAAAAUAAAUUUUCGGAGGCAAAAUACAAAUUUAAAGCAAAAAAACUUCAAAUAUAUAAGUGGAUUUUUACCCACAUACAUCUGUAAAUAUAAUAAGGACUGAAGAUGACAACAUCGUUAGUCCUGGUAGGGAUCCUCAUUCUUGUCGUAGUCUUUAACAUGAUGGGUGUAUACGUAAUGUGUGGAUGUGAAAAUAUCACAUGAAGUAGGGUAGGUGAGCCAGCAUGCAUGGGGCAAAUUGAGUCAUGGUAAUUCGUAUGAUAUAAACAAAGGGUCGAAUUCUUAAGACAGCCGUUUUACUAAAAGAUUUUAAUUUCUAUUGAGAAUUAUAGCAAGCGAAAAGACCUUAUAAAUAAUAAAAAGAAAUCGUGUGGUUCUUGCCCCAUAGCUUUUGUACAUAGUAUUUGUGGCUCAACUUAUCCCAUGGGUGGGGUAGGUUGAGCCAUUUGACUUUUUUUAAUGAUAACGGUGCCUUUCAGUGGGGGUAGAGAGCUACAU